AUGCCGAAACGUGGAGGAAGAAUUCGCAAUUGGAAACCCAAUGAACAUUUUGAACAUGACGAUCGAGCUCACAGCAACAAUACAAGGCGUGUCAGCUUCAAAUCUGGUUCAUAUAAAGGGAAAAGCAAAUUUCGACAAUGGAACGAUGCGUCUCAACUACUGCUCGAUGGUGAUAUUGACAUGGGCGCAUCUGCAGGUUACCCAAUAAGGAAGGGCGUCAGAUAUCAAAGGGGUCGGCUAAGCUCGCCAGCACCUCGUACUGCUAAAAGAAAAUUCAUAGCUGGUCCUUUGCCGUGGUAUCAAAUUGUAAUACCAUACGGAGCUAAACAUGAUAAAGACGUUAUUUUACGAUCACUGCUGGGCUUUAUAUCGCCUGAAGUUUUCAUACCACAUUAUUACAAAAUCAAUGGGAAUACAGCUAUUUUUUAUGUCGAUGAUGUUAAAAUAGCUGAAAAAUUAUAUGAAGCUGAUAGAAAAAUUACUAUGUCCGAUGGCUUUAAACUUCUUAUACUUGUAAGGAACAGUGUACCAAAUGUAAAUAUUGAUGCAAAUAUGAAAGAGAAAAUGAAGCUUGUUAUGGCAAAAAGAUACAAUGCAGCUACUAAAGCUUUGGACUUAACCAAAUUUCAUGCAGACCCUGAUUUAACAGAUAUAUUCUGUGCACUAUUCCGACCGAUUAUAAUGUCAGUCGCUAUUGAUAUAAUGGCAGACAAUAUACCCGAUUUGGAAGCGCUCAACUUAAAUGAAAACAAAAUCCAUGGAAUGGAACACAUGAAGGUCCUUUGUACAAAGUUGAAGAAUUUGAAGAUUCUUUAUUUGGGAGACAACAGGAUUACAACUCUGGCUGCCCUGGAACCUUUGAAACCUUUGCCACUGGUGGAACUUUAUCUUAAAGGAAAUCCACUAGUUUCUAGGUUCAACGAUCAUGAUAUUUAUGUCAGCGACGUGCGGAAAAAAUUCCCCAAACUCAUGAGAUUGGAUGGCGUAGACCUACCACCAGCGAUUGGCUUCGACGUUUCUGAAGAUUUAUCCCUCCCUUCCCGUCAACAAUCCUUCCUUAUAGACCCAGCCGGCCAGAAUCUGGUUAGAGAAUUCCUUACACAGUAUUUCGCUAUCUACGAUUCUGAUUCCCGUCAACCAUUAUUAGAGGCGUACCACGAAACAGCUACUAUGUCAAUGGCGGCCGGCUAUUUAAGCAAUGAAGGACGAAAUGUACCAGGAAAUAAAUUAAACGCUUACAUAUCUAACAGUCGUAAUAUUAUGAGGAUAACAGACAGGGAAUCUCGAAGACGUUAUCUCCGUACAGGAAGAUUACAAGUUGUUUCGUUUCUGUCAGACUUACCAAAGACCAAUCAUGACCUGAUGGGAUUUGCUGUCGAUCUACUUGUUUUUACUCCAGCCAUGAUAGUGCUAACAAUGAAUGGUGUAUAUAGAGAGACGACAUCAUACGGCAAUCCAACUCGGUCUUUCCAUAGGACUUUUGUUAUUAUACCAAAUGCUACAGGUGGAUUUUCAAUUACUAAUGACAUGUUGUUUGUCAGUAACACUACUAAGGAGCAGGAAGACAAGUCAUUUUCUGGUGGUGAAGUGGCUCCUUCAAGUUCAACCUCAGCGGCUCCUGUGGCAACAAUAGCUGCAACCCCAUCAUAUGAUGAGAAUCAACGAAUGAUGCUUAACAUGCUCUGCCAACAAACCGGCAUGAAUGAACAUUGGAGUGUGAACUGUCUACAAGAAACUGGUUGGGACUAUCAAAGAGCUUUGUUCAUAUUCAAUCAACUACAGUCAGAAGGCAAGAUUCCACCCGACGCAUUUGUUAAGUGA